ACACUUCUAUAAGCCUGUCAAAAACCUACCGCACCCAUCCUCUCAUUCCAUAUUCACAAAAAACGCGAAGGUUAUCACUUCCCAAUUACUUCCACCCUUAUCUUUCCUGUCUAUAUAUUCAGAAUAUUCGUAUAUCUCGACGUUCAUAAUCGCGAAAAACAAAAAAAGUUUUAAUUAUGAAGAACAGUGAAGAAGCUCAUAAAGUUACUGAACAAAUUUACAAGAACCUAAAUGACAAUUUUAUACCAAACAUGAAACAACUCAGUUUGUCUGCUCGAAACUACUAUAAAGCCCUAACAAAUGUUUCGUCUGCUGCUCGGUCCUAUUCUGAAGCCUUGGUGAAGAUAGGUCAAACUGCUAUAAAUAGAUCUACAGGACCCACACAAAAUAUUGGUGCAGCACUCAAUGAUAUUUCCCAGAUUUAUAAACAACUUGAAAUACAAACUGAAGAGAAAAUGAAAAGUCUGAUGCAGGAUAUAUCAUUUCCUCUGGAGAAUAAACUGGAAUCAGAUAUGAAGAACAUUCCGUCUUCAUUGAAGAAAUACAACCAAGAACAUAAAGCCAUAGUAGUUCCCUUCGAGAAGGCUCAAAACACACUCAGUAAAAUGCAGAAGAAGAAGACUCGCUCAAAAUUUAGUGAUAAAGAAGCUGAGUAUGCUCAAACAAUCAGCAAAGCCCAGAUGAAACUUCAUGACCACAGAGUAUCUGGUUUACAAAAGGCUAUGACAGAAGAAUGGAACUCACACAGUUUUCUGUUGGAGUGUGUGUGCAAUAUGUUAAUCCUGGACCAUAACCACUAUGCCAAGCUACACAGCAUGAUAGCACCAAACAUUGAACAGUGGGCGCAGUUAUAUGCCAAGAAUGAGACUAUUCCACCAAAUAUUCAGGAUAUGUUUAUUACUGGAGCUGAUCUACAUAACUACACAGACACAGAAGACGACGAGAUGAUUAAACUAGGCACACUCUAUAAUGAGAGCAAAAUAACAUCUUUUCCCAUACAAAGAUCAACUGAUAUUAACGAACCAGUUUUUACAAAACGUCCAGGCAAUAUAGUAUAUUCAAGGAACUCAGGCAACCCAGUACCUGACGAAGUGAAGGCAUAUGUACAAGCCAUGCACCGUCAUGAAGCUACAAGUGACUCCCAACUGAGUUUUCAAGAGAAUGACACAAUACAGUUGGUUGGAGAAAAGUCAGAAGGCUGGCACUACGGUUUCAACCUCAAUAGCAAAAAGUAUGGCUGGUUACCUUUGUCUUUUACAAAACCUAUUACAUCUGAUUUGGGACCGCAGAAAAUGAGUUCCCUUGAUGACCAACAGCUUUCCAAUCGUGUAAAAAGUACAGGAGAUUUAUUAAACAGCCACGAGAGCCCUUUAAAUGUGCCACACAGACGUUCUUCCAUCACCAAUAAUAGCUUCAAUGAUGGCUCAAAUUCUUUGCUCCCUGCAUCUCCCUUACAUCAAGGACCAACACACAUUGCUGAUUCCCAGAAUUCUGUGCCACCAGGCCAUCCGUAUCAGGUUAUCAACAACAAAAUUCCUACACCACCUCCACAGCCAAAGUUAUAUUCCUACUCACCAAGAUCCAGUAACAAUGUGCCACAAUUCAGAAGAUCUCCUGACAAUGAGUACCAAAAUCUCAGCAGCCUGCAACCGAACAACUUUGAGUUGUCUCAAAAUAGGAAUAUGAAUCCUUCACUGCCAUUUCCUCCACCACCCAGCAAUCACCCUGAAGCUGAUUACAGCGAAUCAUUGGAUUAUGGUUAUUACGCAAGGGAUGAUAUACUAAACGAUAAUGGAUACAGAGGACCAAAUAACAGAACAUCCACCUAGAACAUUUACUUUGAAUUAUGCUGUCCUGAUAACCAGAACAUCCACCUUACCCUGAACUUCUGCUUAGAAAUGCUGCUUGGAAUUGCAAAUCCUGUCCAGACAUCAACAAUAUCUACACCCCACAUAGCUAUGUUAUUAUCCUGAAAAUAUUGUUUAACCCAAACAAGUUAAAUUUUGACAAUCUUG